AUGAAGCGGGUGAGCAGCUGGCGCGUGGGUCUGCCCCGAGCAACAGCCUUGGGCGCUGGGCGCCACACAACGGCCGCACCGCUCCGCAUGACCACACUUCCUCCUCGCCCCCAGUUCCGGUGCGGCACUGCGUCUCGAUUUUUUGCAUCUCGCAUCGAAUCUUCUGCACCGGAGGCGAGGGCUUCUGCAGACGGAGCUGCUCCGUCUACCCCGCCAGUUGAGCGCCUGGGGCUUCUGAGUGGAUCUGCGCUGCACGAGAGGGCAACAUUUGGUGGGCGCGACGUGGCUCUCCUUGCGGACACCUACGGUGCCAUUGGUGUGUUCGACGCCGUUGGCGGCUGGCACGGUGCCGGCGGCAGCGAGUUUGCGCGAUUGCUCGAACGACACGUCCAACGUUCCCUUGCAUCAAUCGAUUUGGUGAAGCAGGAGAUAAUGACGUCCACAACCAAGUCUGAAGAUGACACUGAUGACGUCGAAGAGGCUGAGCAGGCAGACGACGAUCUGGAUGAUAUCCUCUACAAGCCGGGAAGUGAAGAAGAGAGAUUCAAGGAGGAGAGCGAUGCGAUGGAAGAAGAACUACAAGGCGUGUAUAGCCAAGUUCAAGCGCGAAAGAGCUCUUCUACUGCGGCGGCACGGAAGAGGCUGCUCACACGUUACUCAUGUAUCAAAUGGCGGUUGGUUCAGGUGGAGCAGCUUCUGCCCAGCGAAAUCCUCAUGCGGGCCAGGAACGAGCUGUUGGACAAAA